AUGUCCAAACAACAACAAGAUCGGUUCAAGAACUACGAAUUCAUAGAAGUUGAAAGAUACAAAGAUUAUGACACGGAUCUUUUCCCAUGUAAUUCUGGAGCUCUAUUUGAGUUGGUAGCGAACGAGAUCCACUUCUUUCACGUCGAUCCUGCUAGUAACGUGAAGAAGGUUACCACCACUAGAACAAAGUCUCAACUUACUAAAAGUGCGGUACGCGAGAACGUUGUGCCUAUUGUAUUCAAAGGAAACAAGAAAAAGUACCUCUAUCUGGAGUAUGACGACGCUGAAGUCAGCCGUCAGCUGGGAGAGGAGAGGUGGAGCCUUAAAGUUGAAGAGGAGAGCCAGGAACUCAUGCUCGCAACUGAGCGGUGUAACAACGUGGUGUACAAACAUCUUGGUGCAGACCUGCUUGUGUUUUGCGAGAGGGAUUUGCAAGCACUACGUCGUUUCCACGCAUUCAGAGGUGAGUACAACGCCACAUGCAAGCGUGUGUGCCAACGCUGUGUACAAAAUGUCAAGAGAUCGCAAAAUGCUGCGCUAUAGAGCAACAAGGACUUUUCGAAGGCCUCAGGCAGGCGAGUCACUUCUCAAGACGCUGCAGGAAAAAAGCAUCAACACAUAUUCACUCUACUUUGCGCCUUUUCUCUAUAUGAUUCUCAACAUUAGGGAAUUUCCUCUUUUAAUGGGGUGUUUUGACGACGAGGAUGACGUGUACGACGAAGUCGAGCCUCGGGAUGAUCUUUCGGGCGAGGUUAGAGUCGAACAAAUCUCGCGUAUUUUCAGCAGGAUGCUAAAGGAUGAAGACGGACUGGGUGCAGUUUUGGAAGUCAUAGUGCGACUCACAGCGUUUGACGUCGGAGCAGAGGUGAGAAGAAGUGAGCAAGAAGAGGAUGAAGGUGAAGAUGAAAUAUCCGAGGAUGAGAGCGCUGAGGGUACACAGAGAUCAAAUUCAAACUUGUGUCACCCCGCACUACAGCCCGCUCGGAGGGUGAGGAGGCUUUUAGACGGAAUCAAGUUUUUUGUUGUGUAUGCUGUGUUCUGCACGGAAGAUAACAACGAUCUUUUUGACGAGGAACACUGCGCGCCCAUGUGGCGUUGGAUCAAGAGCGUGUACAACGAGGUUAGGGCUGAGGAAAAAAUCCAACUAGAUUAUGACGUCAAGCUUUGUGAACCCGAUGGUGUGAUUGUUUCCGGCAAGCUGUUCAACAGAAGGUACAUCCAAGACUUUUAUUACGGAGUAAAAAGCGAGAUUGAUGAGUUGAUACAGGACCUAGACGAUAUAUUUUACAUGCCGAGCCCUCAGGAUGUUGGAGGGAUGAUUUUGGAUGAUCGAAGUCUAACUGUUUCCGAGAACAAGGUGAAAAAUUGUCGGUCACUGCUGAGUUUGAUUCCUGAGUAUGCAAAGAAACGACUGCUGCCACUAAGCGGGAAAGCACUUGCUGCUCUUCAAGAGAUUAACCAGGGCCACCUCCCAGUAUGUGCUUUACUUUCUGGCCGUACUGCGACAAAUGCAGAUACAUUUACUAGGUCCGCAGUGCGACAAUUUUACGCCGGCGCGCUGGAAGUUUGUGGAGGGAAUGGGAAUGGAUCAGAACCCUUCAUCUCAGGAAGUCUCUUUCAGAGCUCUGUGUCGAUAUGUUUUUCUCAACACUAGUAAGGGACAAAUGGUUGCGUUCAGAGCGUUUGAUAAGUAUCUACGUCGCAAGUACCCAACGACAUUCAGUUGCAAGCUAAGCUUCCAGCAAUUACGCCAGGGUAUGGUUGCAAUAUCAAGAACGUACGUGAACAAGAAUGUGACCACGGACCUGUACGAAUCGAUGGUACAAGAGAUUAUGUUUGGCCAUGCAGCAAAGACAAGUCUUCAGAACUAUGGAGUGGAUAGUUUUUCGUUGAGGUCUGUGAGCGGAACAACCGCAACCUACCUCCAAAGCCGCGCGUCCACCGAGUGGCUGGAAUGGAUAGGGUUUGAGCGGAUAACGAAAGUAGAAAAACCAAACAAAAUGCUAGAUGGGGUGCCUCGUUCGGUUCCCAUUAGAUGUCCUGACGACCUGAACACAGCCGGAAAAGAAGUGUAUGGAGACGAUUUCCAGUUUCGUAAAGGACAGUUUUCCGUGUGCGUAGAGAUGUACUUGUCAAACGUGCCCUCGCUCGCCAUAAUUGCCCCACCUGGGUACGGUAAGACGGUACUAUAUCAAGUUCCCAUGAAGGCGCUGCAAGCGAAGCCUGAUGUAAGUACGUUUCCUUUGUGUGUGUUCCAUACACUGUGUUGGAAGCGGGAACACUAACGCGGAUGAGAAACGGGGGACUGCUAGCCAACAGUAUCAAGUUCUUUCUUGAGCGGGGUCAUGACGGUAUUUCUGACGUAUACAUAGGAACAUACAACGACGUUGCGAGCAAUGAGUUUGCUUUACAGAUUCAGGGGUGGGAGUCCUUCUAUGGAUCGAGCCAGCAAGCGUCUACUCCACGCCUGGGGUAUCUUGUGAUUGACGAGUAUCACAACAUCGAGACCGAGGAGUAUAGACGAGAGACGUUUGAGCCCAUGAAAAUGUAACUUUAACAAGUUUGAAAAGGUGGUCUUUCUCAGCGCCACUGCGACAGAAGGGAUAAUAGUAGGGCUGCGAUGUGCCGGUUGGGAUUCCCGGGGGUGCUUGAGGAUGGAGAGCACUUGGUUGCGGAGUGUGGCGAAAGUACGGCGUUGAUGAUGGAUUUCAAGACGAAGGUUAUCGACUUGGUGGACAAACCGCCGCUCGGCCAUAUCUAUAAGGAUAUAGUAACUUCCAAGAACUCGCCCAAGGAAGCCUUGGAACUACUAAAGAGUCUAUUUGCCCUUGAGCCGCAUGCCAAGGCUAUUGUAGCAGUGGGCCGCAGGGCCCUGGUGGAGGAGCUUGCAAUUGAGUGGAACAGAUAUUUCAACAUUCUUUGGAUCCACGGAGACUUGUCAUCGGAGGAAAAGACACGGCGAACACAAAGGUUUAUCAACGACGGGGGUAUGCGUGUACUCAUUGGAACAAAGCUUGUGUCCGAGGGAAUCGACGUA